AUGGCAGACCAGGGCGCUGUGAGGCUGACGAGGGAGCUCGCGCAAGUACCCAUUACCGCCGUCGCCUUUGAUCGGGACCCUGCCACCGGCGCGCUCCACGUGCUCGCCGGCGAGGACACUGACCUCGUCGUCUACCGCGUCGGCACGGGCCGCCGCGAUGCCCUUGACGAGCCGCUCGAUCGGCAGACGCCCGUCGCGCGCGUUGUGCGUGUCCUCGUCGCGCAGCCCAUCCACGGCAUCCACGUGCACCGCAGUGAAAAGCUCGCCGCUUCUUCCGCUUCUUCCACGGCGGCGUCGUCAGAAGGUCGUGUGCUGCUCUGGGGCGGCUCCUCCGUCGCCGUCCUCGAGCUCUCUGCCAUCAUCGCAGCCAGCGUAGGCAAGACGCAGCAGCCGCGGGUGGCGCGUCUGCGCGCGCCGGACUGGAUCUACGACGGCGCCGUGUGUCCGGCCGACGCUGACCUCGUGGUGCUGGUGACGGCGCACAACGAGAUCGUUACCGCGAGGAUGCGCAAUGGUGAAAAGGGCGCGCUGGCGCUGGCGCUGGCGUCGCCGCUGGUCUCGCCGAGCAGCAGGCCGAUGCUGUACGCGGCGAGCGUGUGCUGGACGGCGCCGGACGAGGUGCUCGUCGCGGCGGGCACCGUCUUUGGGGACGUUUUGGUCUGGAAGCACGUGUUCGGGAGUAGUGGUGGUGGUGGUGGUGGUGGCAGCAGCGGCACGCCGCGGAUGCUGUACUCGCUGUCGGGCCACGAGGGGUCCAUCUUUGGCGUGCGUAUAUCGCCGAGGAUGGAGAUGCCUGACGGCGGCGGCGCGGUGCGACUACUGGCGAGUUGCAGCGACGACCGCACGAUCCGGAUCUGGAACAUUACAGAGUACGAAGAAGACGGCGACAACACCGAUGCAGGGCAUGGUGCGGUGGCGACAGAGACGGCGGCCGAUACGGGGUUUCGAUGCGCGCCGGCCGCGUACGGAGGAGACGGCGACGGCGGCCGCGCCAACGUCGCGCCCAUCGCAACGGCCAUGGGCCAUGCCUCACGUAUCUGGGGUGUCUGGUUUGGUCUCCCCGGCGACCCCGCCACGUUACUGACCAAUGCUGAGCGCCAACGCUGGAGCGGUGGCGAGGGCUUAUUGUCUGUGUUCUCGUUUGGCGAGGACGCGACGGCGCAGAAAUGGAGUCUAGAUGUCGAGGCCGCGCUGCGCGACCCGCAGCCGCUCGUCCAUGACAAGACGUACGCGCUGCACGACGGCAAGCACCUGUGGUCGCGGGCCGUCUACUGUAACAUGGAAGACGGGGGCGGCGCGCCGACGACGCGGAUCCUGACCGGCGGCGCCGACAGCAAAAUCACGCUCAUCAAGGAAACGGCGGCGGAUAAUGACGACGGCGACAACGACGACGUGUACAAUUACGCAGAGACGUGGGAGACAAGAGACAUUUGGGCAGCAAUCGGCGGCGAGGAGCAGCUGCCGUCGACGACGACGACCAAGCAGCGCAAGGAGGUGAUUGGGCGGUACGACUUCCUCACGCCCGACGUUUUGCUAGCAGUGGGCAACAUGGGCACGCUGCUGCUGGGCACGUUUCGUGGCAAGAAUACUACUACGUGGGAGGAACUUGCCGUCGACGACGAGGCUACGCGCGCGGACAUGCAAAACGUGUACGCGAUCAGAAGAGUUUCCUACGGCGGCGCGUUACUGGGGUCCGUUACAGGUGGCAUCUACUACUUUGGGCUCUGCGACCGGCGCGUCGUCCCGGUGGCACGCCUCGCGGGCCGCGUGGUCGAGGUGAAUGCGCUGUCUGGCACGGGACGCGGCGCGGCGGACGACGACGCAGAGGCCGUUGUGCACCUCCAUCGCGACGCCGCGUCGGUGCACCUCGUGCUUGACCGGGAUACGGGCGCCGUCAAGAGCCAGGCAGCGAUAGACGGCCUGGACAGCCGCUUCGUGGCCGUUAGUGCAGCGCGCAUCGACGACGACCUGCUGGCGCUUGGGUCUCGCCACGGCUGGAUUGCCCUGCUGCGACGGAGCGCUGCCGAUGAGGGCGCGUGGCGCCCAGUCUUCAACCUACCGCCCGCCAGCGGAGACGCUAUCACAGCCAUUGUGCCGCUGCCGCCAAGCUCAUCGGCAGAUAGCCGCGCGAAAUACGUCCUCGCAACGAGCCGCGACGGCAAGUACCGCAUCUUCCAGCUUCAAUUUGACAGUGUCGCCGCUCCACAGAUGAUGCUUCUCCACGAGACAACGCCGCCGUUUGGGCCGUGGAUCGAGGGCGCGUGGUUCACGGGAGAUGCUGCCGCGCCAGAGCUCAUCCUGUACGGCUUCCGCAGCAAGGACUUUGUCGUGUGGAACGAGACGCGCCGCGAGGAGCUCGCGGCCAUGGACUGCGGCGGCGCGCACCGCACGUUUCGCCUGGCACGCGACGAGCACGCACCCGCGUGCGCAGCAGGUCGGGUGCGCCUCGCCUUUACGCGGACGUCGCGGCUAGCAGUGCACUCACAGCGAGGACGCUUCCACGAGGUGGUGCGUUUGGGCCAGCACGGACGCGAGAUUCGCUCGCUGGCGGCGGCCGGACGGUACGUGGCGACGGGUGCCGAGGAUACCACGAUCCGACUCUGGGAGUUUGAUAGCGACAGCAGCAGGAUGCAGCACAGGGCGUACAUGAAGCGGCAUGUGACCGGUCUGCAAAAGGUGCUGUGGCGCGGCGAUGAAUAUCUCUUCUCCAGCGGCGGCAACGAGGAGCUGUUUGCAUGGCGGGUAAGGACGCUGGACUCGGCGUACGCAGGCCGUCUAGCCGUCGUGUGUGAGGGCGUCUUUGCGGACAAGAGUCCGAUGAAAGACCUCCGCAUCAUGGACUUUGACGUUGCGCCAGACAGUGAUGCCGACAGCACGAUGGUGACGAUUGCGCUGUCCAAUUCGGCGCUCAAGACGUAUCGCUACACAGCGGCGGGCGGUUUCGCGCUCGUCUGCGCGGGCAUGUAUACCGGAGCCUGCCUCACGCAGGCGCGGCAUCUGGAGACGCAAAACGGCGACUUACACGUAGUAACGGCGUCGACGGACGGGCACGUCGCGCUCUGGCAAGGGCGCGAUGGGAGGUACGAGCUCGCGCAGACGCUGCAGGUGCACCAGAGCAGCGUCAAAAGCCUCGACUUGACGAGACGCGGCGGCGGUGGCGGUGGCGGUUGCUACGGUGUGGUGACAGGCGGCGACGACAACGCGCUCGCGUGGACGCUGCUGAAGCGGGAGGCGGACGAUACUGCAAGACCGCUGUGUGUCCGGGCCGAGCUGGGCGCGGUGGUGAGGAGGGCGCACGCCGCGGCUGUAACCGGCGUCGCCAUCACGGAGCACGACGGGGAGGUGCGGUGCGUGAGCGUGAGCAACGAUCAGUGGGUCAAGACGUGGGCGAUCAGAGAAGGUGCGCAGGGGAUGCGCUUACUAGACGAAGCGUACAGCGGCGUGGCGGAUGCGGGCGACGUUGCCGUGCUGGAGCGGAAGAGGGGAGGAGGCGGACGGGUAGUGGUUGCGGGUGUUGGGUUGGAGGUCUGGCGGCGGGAUGGACGCGGUUGA